AUGAUCAAAUAUUUUACAAGUUACUUGGUAAAAAAAAAAGGAAAGCUGAAGAAUUGUAUAUCCGAACUGAAUGUACAAAAUAAUAUCUAUAAAUCUGACAAUGAAAUUAUAGUUGGAUGGAAACAUCAUUUCAACAAAUUAGCUCAACCAGCAAUUGAUCCUGAAUAUGACGACGAAUAUUACAAACAGUUAGCAUUAGAUCUAGACAAUAUAAUUGAUAUAUGUAAUAAUCAAACUAAUACCAUCUCUGUAACCGAAAAAGAUGUUCAAGACGCCAUAAAUGGAUUGAAAAUAAACAAAUCUCCAGACAUUUAUAGCAUAUCCUCUGAAAAUAUCAAAUAUGGUGGGGAAAAGCUGCAAACAGUAAUAACAAAUAUGAUAGUAUCAUCAUUUAAAUUAGGAUUAAUACCUGAAAUACUUAAAAUGGAUCUCCUCACUCCUGUAUUCAAGAACAAAGGAAGUAACAAGAAUGCUACCAACUACAGAGGGAUUACUAUCAUGCCAAUACUGCUGAAACUAAUUGAGUCUGUAGCAAAGGCUAAGGUCCAACCUAAAAUAUUGAAAGAACAAAAUAGGCUACAAAGAGGAUUUACUGAGAACUCAGCUCCAAUGAAUUGCUCCUUCUUCAUUGAAGAAUUUAUUAGAGAAUGCAGGGAUGCUGGUAAAAUAAUAUAUAUAGCGCUUCUAGAUGCUAAAUCGGCAUUUGAUGUGGUAACCCACGAGAGUAUCCUACGAAAGCUAUACAUAGCAGGUGUAGAUGGACUACUAUGGAAACUUAUACAUAGUCUUCACAUGGACUCUAGCAGUGUAGUUAAAUUUAAUGGUCUAAUAUCUGAACCAUUCUCAAUAUGUCAAGGCGUAAAACAAGGUGGUAUACUGAGCUCUGACCUGUACAAGCUGUACAUCAACAAUCUCCUAACAGAUAUCGGGUAUUCUGGAUUAGGAGCAAAAAUAGGAUCUAUUUGCUGCGCAGCUCCAACUUGUGCAGAUGAUGUGGCACUAAUGAGUGACAACCCCGAGGAACUACAGGUACUCAUUAACAUGGCAUACAACUACAGUCGAAGGGAGAGAUAUAAGCUUCAACCAGUGAAGAGUGUUAUUCUACCAGUAUAUCCAAAUCGUAGAAAACAGAAAGAACCUUCCUUUCCAUGGAGUAUAGGUAACUCAAUAAUGCAAAUAGUUAGCCAAACAACCCAUAUGGGGGUCUUGCGCACAUCAAAACCAGAUGAUCCUAAUCCGUUGUAUGAAAACGUUAAAAAGGCUAGACGAGCCAUGUACAGUCUUAUGCCAGCUGGUUUGCAUGGGAAAAAUGGACUGGACAUACAGUCAUUACUACAUAUAUUUAACAUCUAUGUCAUCCCUGUACUUCUGUACGGCCUGGAAUUAGUAACUCCUACAGGAAAAAACUUUGAUAUUAUUGACAUAUUCCACAAAAAAUGUAUAAAGCAGUUACUUUCUUUACCAACAAGUACAGCUACGCCCGCCAUAUACAAUCUGUCUGGACAACUACCAAUAGAGGGUCAAAUACAUAAAAAGAUCUUGUCAUUAUUUGGAAAUAUAUCUAGACAACCACAUGAUAGUUUAGAAAAACAAAUUGCAUACAGACAACUACUUAUGAAAACGGAUGAUAGUCACAGCUGGUUUAUCAUUGUUAAAACGAUUCUAGCGAAAUACAACUUACCAUCAGCUUUACAUGUAUUAGACAGUCAAAUUCAAAAAUUAAAAUGGAAGACCAUGGUAAAUAAAGAAGUAUCAAAGUAUUGGAAACAUUUUAUCGAGGGUCAUUGUAAACUAUACCCCUCACUAAAGUAUUUAAAUAUUCAAUAUAUACCAGGGAAGACACAUGUAUUAGUAAACCUAUCUGCUAGUAAUUCCAUGCAAGAAGCUAUGAGAAUACCCGUAAAAUUAAGAAUAGCAACAGGAAGUUAUAUACUCAUGGCUGACAGAACAAAGCAUUCAAAAAACAAAGGAUUAUUGGGAACUUGUCCUUUGUGCCAAACAUCAGAUGAAACCUUGGAACAUUUCCUACCGCUUGUCCAGCGCUGUCGAACCAGAGAAAAUCAAUUUUGA